CGACCCUUCUUCGGCCCCACUACUCCUGUUCCUUCGGCCCUGUCACUGCUGCUCCUUUGCCUGUGCCGGCAAUGGCAUCCGGGGAGCCCCUGCACAUAAAGAGCCCCCUCCGCGACAGUAUGGCCCUGUCCAAAGUGGCUGACACCAACGUCUACCUCAAGAUGGACAAUUCCCAGCCCUCCGGCUCCUUCAAGAUCCGAGGCAUCGGGCACUUCUGCAAGACGUGGGCUGAGAGAGGCUGCCAGCAUUUUGUCUGCUCCUCGGCAGGCAACGCAGGCCUGGCCGCGGCCUAUGCCGCUAGGAACCUAGGCAUCCCGGCCACCAUCGUGGUGCCCAGCACCACGCCGUCCCUCACCGUCCAGAGGCUGCAGGAUGAAAGUGCCAUGGUCAAGGUGGUGGGCGAGACGUUGGAGGAAGCCUCCGUACUGGCCAAGGCGCUGGCCAAGAACAACCCAGGCUGGGUGUACGUGACCCCCUUCGACGAUCCCCUCAUCUGGGAAGGCCACAUGUCGGUUGUGAGAGAGCUGAAGGAAGUGCUGAGCACCAAGCCGGGAGCCAUCACGCUGUCCGUGGGCGGCGGAGGCCUGCUGUGCGGCGUGGUCCAAGGUCUGCAGGAGGUGGGCUGGGGGGAUGUGCCUGUCAUCACCAUGGAGACCAUGGGUGCCCACAGCUUCCACGCGGCCACCACAGCCGGCAAGAUUGUAACCCUGCCCAAGAUCACCAGUGUUGCAAAGGCCCUGGGCGUGAACACAGUGAGCGUGCAGGCUUUGAAACUCUUUCAAGAACACCCCAUCUUCUCUGAGGUCAUCUCUGACCAGGAGGCUGUGGCUGCCAUUGAAAAGUUUGUAGAUGAUGAGAAAAUCCUGGUGGAGCCCGCGUGUGGGGCUGCACUGGCUGCUGUCUACAGCCACGUGGUCAAGAGGCUGCAGGCCGAGGGCAAGCUGCAGUCCCCGCUGUCAUCACUCGUGGUCAUCGUCUGCGGAGGCAGCAACAUCAGCCUGGCUCAGCUGCAGGAGCUCAAGGAACAGCUGGGCAUGAACGGGUCGUCCAAGGGAGGACCCAGGCCCGUGCUCUCACCCUGAACAAGAUUUGGGGUCUGGGGUGUGCUGUCCCUGGUGGCCCCUUAAUGUCAGCAGCAAGACCAUGAACUGGACCUCUUGGGGACCGUGUGACCACUCUGAAUGUCCUCGGUCACAAGUAACACAUCAGGUCCCCCAGAGCAGGGUGGCACAGGGGUCCCCCGAGUGUGGCCCCGCCCCAGGCUUUCCCCAUCGGAGGUUAAGGACCUGUCUCAUCCAUUCUCCAGGAAGUCCAGCUCCGUCCUAACUCGUUUUUGCACUUUUUUACUGAGAAAGAAAAAUAUAGGGCUGGAGAGAUAGCUCAGUGACAUAAGAGCCUACCUGGCAAGCGUAAGGUC